CGAGCCAGCGGCGCGUGCUCGGCGAAACCAAACGCGUGUUGCCACCAGCGCCGCGUAGAUGGUUAUUACACAAAAGAACAAACUUGCAUCCAUGUGAUGUUUCCCGCGAGAUAACCGCGCCGCGAGAGCCGACCCCGGCGUGUAACGGCAGCUCCAGAAGCCGUUGGGACCGUGCGCAGACUACAAAAGGAACCCGCCGAGGAGAAGAGAGGAUGAUCGGGAGAGCAGCGGCGGUUGGAGCGGGUUUCACCCGGAACCGAGCUUCAGUUCACGGAAACCACCGUUAACUUUGAAACCGGGUCAUACAUGCGAGGGAACCCCCCUCCCGCUCCUCCUCCUGAUCAUCGGCCCAGCAUGUCGGAUCCGAGUCAGUGGUCUGCGGUGGAGAACCAGAACCAGAAGUCCCGUUUUGUGCCCGCAGCUUUGCUGAAGCGUUCGAAAAGCUGUCGCAGCAGCAACAGGAAGAGUCUCGGCGUCGGGACACCGUCACCCACACUGUCCCGGCCGCUGUCCCCGCUCUCACUCCAUACUGCUGCGAGCAGCCCUCUAGACAGCCCACGAAAUGUGUCGACCAGUGCCUGCCUCAACUUCCCGUUUGCCCGAAGUCACUUGGCGCGCGCCGACAGAGCCGAGGGCCGGAGAUGGUCCCUGGCAUCCCUCCCCUCAUCUGGGUAUGGAACGAACCCGCCAAGCUCCACUGUCUCGUCCUCCUCGUCCUCCCAGGAGCGUCUUCACCAGCUUCCCUACCAGCCGACUCAAGAUGAGCUGCACUUCCUCUUCAAGCACUUCCGCAGCACAGACAGCAUGACCGACGAGGAUGGGCGGCCCUCGACCGUCAUACGACCUCGGUCCCGAAGCCUCAGCCCCGGCCGAUCCAGUGUCUCCUUUGAUAAUGAGAUUGUGAUGAUGAACCAUGUUUACAGAGAACGUUUUCCAAAGGCCACAGCCCAGAUGGAGGAGCGCUUGUUUGAGAUUAUCACCCACUGCUCUGCAGACAGCUCCCUCCCGCUGGCUGACGGGGUGCUGGGCUUCAUCCAGCACCAGUUGGUCGAGCUGGUCAGAGACUGUCUGGACAAGUCCCAGAAAGGCCUGGUUACCUCCCGCUAUUUCGCUGAGCUGCAGGAGAACCUGGAGAAGCUGCUUCACGAGGCCUACGAGCGCUCUGAAAGCGAGGAGGUAACUGUCAUCACCCAGCUGGUGAGGAAGAUCCUCAUCAUAAUCUCCCGGCCAGCUCGCCUCCUGGAGUGUCUGGAGUUUGACCCGGAAGAGUUUUAUCACCUACUCGAGGCAGCAGAGGGUCAUGCUAAAGUCGGCCAGGGAAUCAAGACGGACAUCCCGCGCUACAUCAUCAGCCAGCUGGGUCUGACACGGGACCCUUUAGAAGACAUGGUGCAGCUCGAGCAGUAUGAUGCCAGUCCUUCAGUGUCUGUGGAAAUGGAGGCAAAUGGGGAGAAUAAAGCCCCACAGACUCUGACACCGACUCGACGGAAACCUUUUGAGAGUGAUUUUGAAACAAUCAAACUCAUUAGUAAUGGAGCUUACGGGGCUGUGUAUCUCGUCCGUCACAAGGAGACCCGCCAACGGUUCGCCAUGAAAAAGAUUAAUCGGCAGAACCUGGUUUUGAGGAACCAGAUCCAGCAAGCUUUUGUGGAGCGAGACAUCCUGACUUUUGCCGAGAACCCCUUCGUCGUCUCUAUGUUCUGCUCUUUUGAGACACGACGUCAUCUCUGCAUGGUCAUGGAGUAUGUGGAAGGUGGAGAUUGUGCCAACCUGCUCAAGAACAUGGGCCCACUACCUGUAGAAAUGACACGGUUGUACUUUGCUGAGACUGUCCUGGCCCUGGAGUACCUUCACAACUAUGGUAUUGUGCAUCGGGAUCUCAAACCUGACAAUCUGUUGAUCACUUCUAUGGGCCACAUCAAGCUGACGGACUUUGGACUCUCUAAAAUUGGCCUGAUGAACAUGACCACCAACCUUUGCGAGGGUCACAUGGAGAAAGACACCAGAGAGUUUAUAGAUAAACAGGUGUGUGGCACACCGGAGUACAUUGCCCCAGAGGUCAUCCUCAGGCAGGGCUAUGGGAAGCCAGUGGACUGGUGGGCGAUGGGAGUCAUCCUGUAUGAAUUCCUGGUCGGCUGUGUUCCGUUCUUUGGAGAUACCCCCGAGGAGCUUUUUGGACAAGUUGUCAGUGAUGACAUCAUUUGGCCAGAAGGAGACGAUGCGUUACCUUUCGAUGCUCAGGAUCUGAUCACCCGCUUGCUCAGACAGAGUCCUUUGGACCGACUGGGAACUGGCGGCGCCUCAGAGGUCAAACAGGCCCCUUUCUUCCUGGGUUUGGACUGGAAUGGACUCCUGAGGCAGAAAGCUGAAUUCAUCCCUCAGCUGGAUGCGGAGGACGACACCAGCUACUUUGAUACUCGUUCCGAGCGUUACCAUCACUUGGCGUCUGACGAAGAUGAGGAAACCAAUGAUGAAGAGUCUUCCUUGGAAAUCAGACAGUUUUCUUCUUGGUCGCAUCGCUUCAGCAAGGUUUACAGCAGCACAGAACAUCUGGCGACACCAUCCAACUUGAGCUUCUCCUCUGACCGCAGCCACAGUGAGGAGAAGGAGGACCGUGGGGACAUUGGAGGGUUGAGUUCCUACCUGAGCCAAGCAGAGGGCAGCGUGGAGCGCGCACAUGCUGGACGCAUGGCCAGGUGGGCACAAGUGACAUCAAAAGCUGCUUUUAUUUCUGUCCCCGCUUUUGUUCCAGUGCUUCUAGCUGGUCGUAAGGCUUUUUGUCGACUGUAUUCUUGCAUCUGUGUAAAAGCAGCAAGACCCAGUGUGGGGUUGUGUGAUCUCCUUCACCAGUUCAUUUACCCAAUCCACCUUCCUCUGGCUGUUUUCAGCCUUCGUCCUCGGGCUUCCUCCAGCUCCUCCCAGUCUGAGAGGAGCUCCAGCCCUCUGGUGAUGAGCAGCACCCACAGCCUGGAGACGAUGCCUCGCUUUGCCCUCUCCACCGACGAUGAAGCUGAGGUGGUCGUGUCAAAUCUUCGGAGAAUCAGGAUUCGCAGCAACAGCACUGGAGCCAAACACUCGUCCCCAAAGGAGCCGGCUUGCCCUCGGCGCUUCGGUAACCAGCUGGAGACACCAGAUAGACAGAGGCUUCCCUGUGGCGGGAAGCUUCCCAAAUCCGCCUCCAUCUCAGCCUUGUCUCUCAUCAUCACUACAGACGACUUACCUGGCGGCCUCCAGCCCAGUCCCAUCUCCCCGCGUUCUCUGUCCUCCAACCCUUCGUCCCGUGACUCCUCCCCGAGCCGGGACCUGUCUCUCAGCCCUUGCAGCCUGAGGCCUCCCAUUGUCUUCCACACAUCGGGGAAGAAGUGCGGCUUCACGCUGCAGGCCAUCCGGGUCUACAUGGGCGACAGCGACGUCUACACGGUUCAUCACAUGGUGUCGAGUGUGGAGGAGAGCAGCCCAGCUCACCAGGCAGGUCUCCGCACAGGAGACCUCAUCACCCACGUGAACGGGGAGUCUGUCCAAGGCCUGGUCCACCCUGAGAUGAUAGAACUGCUGUUGAAGAGUGGCAGUAAGGUGGCGCUUCAGACCAUAGCACUGGAGAACACGUCGAUCAAAGUGGGUCCAGCUCGAAAGACCAAACACAAAGGCAAAAUGGCUCGUCGCAGCAAGAAGAGCAAGAGGAGAGAUAACUACGACCGGAGACGAAGCAUCUUGAAAAAGCUGUCCAAGCAGAGUACAGUGAUGCACAGCAGUCGCAGCUUCAACUCAGGCCUCCACCACUCAGUUUCCUCCAGCGAGAGUCUUCCAGGCUCACCGACACACAGCCUCUCCCCCGGACCCUCCACACCCUGCCGGAGCCCCGCGCCCGAUCAUCAGGCUUUUGACAAUAACUCUCCUCAGAGCACGUCUCCUUGCUCCAGCUCCCCCAGUUCCCCCGCUGCACACAUCCGGCCCAGCUCCCUCCAUGGCUUAGGCUCCAAGCUGAGCACGCAACGGUACACCAAGGUGGGUCGCCGCAAGUCCACCAGUAACAUCCCCCCCUCGCCGCUGGCAUGCAACUCGUCCUCCACCCAGCCUCUUUCGCCACAGCGCUCUCCCUCUCCGCUGUCGGGCUUCGCCAAAACCCUUCACGGCUACCACGGCAAAACUCUGUCCCCACCUACCAUCGUGAGACACGUCGUCCGGCCUCGCAGUGCCGAGCCACCUCGCUCCCCUCUUCUCAAGAGGGUACAGUCGGCAGAGAAGCUGUCCGCCGGGUAUCAUGCCGACAGGAAGUCGUACACGCCGCGCAGGCACACGCUGGAAGUGCCAUUUUACUGUGAGGGAGACCUGCUGGGCGACUCCGAGGCCGAGGGUUUCUGCGGAGGCUCCUACUCUGGGCCCGAUCUCACCAGGCUGGGGGGGUAUAUUGGAAGCCAGAGACUGAGGGACUCUGGGUUGGAACGAUCCGAGCAGCUGGUCGUGAUGCGAAAGCUCAAUCUGUCAGAGCGCCGGGACUCGUUUAAGAAACAGGAGGCGGUGCAGGAGGUGAGCUUCGACGAGCCGGAGGAGAAAACCAGCACCGCGGUUACCGUGACCCCCACAGCUCCAGGAGCCCAAACACAAAACCAGCAGCCGCACAGGACAAACUGGCUGGUCACCGGACCCCAGAACAGCGCGGAGCUGGAGCCUGAAGUGCCAGUGGUGAGGAGGUUCACACUGGUCCCCCAGAUUGCCGUGCAGGGCUCAACGGAGAGCGAGCAGGACGAGUGGGAGCCGUGCUCAGACGGAGAGGACACCUACGAAACCGCAGAGCUGGAGGCGUGCGUCACUUCAUCUCCGACACAACAGGCUGGGCUUCCUCCUGGUGACCUCAGCCGCAAGCCGGUAGCAGAAACCUCCUCCACUUGUCUUCAGGUCGGACCGUCGGCAGCGUGCAGAGAGGAAACUCCACAAAAGGGACAUGAGGGAAAAUGACCCCUCACCACUGCGAUCAGUUCAACGGCUCACGUCUUUUCUUUCAAGUCUUUCAGAAGUUGUAAACUCAUUUACAAACUCUAGCUAAGAAAAGUUGGAAACAAUUUUACUUGAAUUUUUUAUUUGUAAAUAUUUGGCUACGGGCAUUGCAGACGUUUGGGUAUUUAUUACAUUUGUCAACUAUGAUGCGUUGAUAACAGUGGAAGGGGGAAGUCGUCAAUGGUUGAAUUGCCACGGUCAGCAUUUUCUAUCACAAAAUGUUGUUUUAUGUCUUUUGACUGGAUCGUUUUUGUAUAAAUGUCUAUUUUUUUGAAUGAAUUGUCGCAGAACAAAUGAGUUUGAUAAAGCAGGGUGUAAGUGUUGUAUGACUAAAAGGUACACCGAUUAAAUCUUUUUCUUGAGUUUUUGGCUCAACGGAGCAGUGCUGUAACAGAUUAACGGCGUAAGGAGUGACCUUUGGGUUCACGCUGUAUAGAGACACGGUUGAUUUUAGUCAUUUUCUGAACUAUUGUUUGCAGCUUUGCUUUGGCAGAAACGUUCCUACCAAGCACUAUUUAGCAUCAAGGUAAAAUAAAUGCAGAAGUUUGAUAGUUGCUUAAAGCUGGGACGCUUUGCACAGCUGGAAUGAUUCCACUUUGCGCGUGUCACACAAAACUUGUAGUAUUGGUGGAGAACUGAGCAAAACUGUAUUAUGAUUGUCUGGUGGAAUACCCACAUAGAAAAAAAAAAUCAGUUUUGGUACAUCUUUCUCUGACAUUUGUGGAAACAAAAGAAAGAAAUAGUUCUUCCAUUUGCGUAUUGAACAUGUUCCUUACAGUGUGAAUUAAUGGUCAGUUUUUUGUAAUUUUUUAACUGGUCAGUGCAGGGUGAUAUUUUACACUAACUACAAUCUGUCAUAGAGCUGCAGCUGACUCAAAAGGGGUAUUAUGUGCCAUGAUAUCACUUCAGCGUCUUUAAAGCCAUAUCCUUGAAGGCAGAAGUUAACUCACUUUUUAAACUUUUUUUUUUUUUACUGGUAUUGCAAUCUUAACAGAUGUUAAGAUUUGAAGCCACUGAUGAAGCUCUGGCUGUUACAGAUCAUGACACUCAAUAUAAACUUAGUAUGAUGCCAUAGUCAUAGGGGCAUCUCAGAUAUAUAUUUUCAUCCCCACUUUGACAUCAGUAGAUUGAAAUUCAGCAUGACUUUUUUUUUUUUUUUUCUACUCAAAAAACAUUAAAGUAAACUCAUUGAAGUCUUUGUUUUCUCCAGAGAGUGAAGGGAAAUAACAUUUUGCUCAAAACAUAUUUUUUGUUUUCUUUUUUUUAAAAUAAUAAAACGGGGGGGGGGAUUGUAAUAGACUGUAUUUUUUUUUUUGGAGCAUUUGUCUGGAAACUGUAGCUUUUGUCUUUUUCACAUGAGCAUGUAAGAGACACCAUGCAUACAAGACCUGUUGCUACUUAAUGUACUGUGUAGUGAUGUUUACAUCAAGGAGAAACGUGCACUAUUGUAUUUGGUAAGUGAAUGUUAAAGGUAAAUUGAAAAUGGCAGAGGGAACCCCUCACAUUGCAUCCAAACCCAGGGCUUCUCUGAACAAAUGUUUUCACGUCUUUGUAAUGUAAACAAUUUGAUGUAUAUUUUGAUAAUGAUGUGUAGAAUUUGAACGUUUUGGGGGGACACGAUAUGCACAAUUUCAGGCACCAGGAUUUUUCGAAGUCUAACUUAAAUGAAUAAGCAGUUACCAUCUUGGAUGUUUAUUAUCUUAUUUAUCGGUGGCUGGCUUUUGUACCAAGUUUCUCCUUCUGUUUCUGAAGCAUCAGAAUUAUUGAUGAUUACUUAAAUCCUUCUUCCUCUUUAAAUCUCAUGAUGACCUUUUACAGAUGGCUUUCAUUGCGUCAGUGAAAGAUUAUGUCGCUGAAUGGCUCCGUUAUUUUUGUAGUCUGUCAGAAUUGUUUACAUUGAGCAAACAUGCUUUGUACUGUACACACGUUUUAUAUUCUGUGGCUGUAUAUGAUGAAGCUAAUGUCUUUGAUACCUUUAAACAAAACAUUCAAAGAAGUAACAGCUGUUGUGAAAAUGUUCAGAGAGUCAUUUAGCAACAAACUGAGAAGCAUUACGUGUUUUUACAUACACUUAAGUAACUAUUUUGAAAAUCUUGAUGUGUAAAGGAGAAAUGCAGUUUUAUUAACUGGGAAAAGGGAUGAGAGUAAAGGGAGGGGCAAAACUAGAUUUCCGCUUGAAUUUCUGUGCCACUGUUUUUCACAUGUGCACAUUUGCAUGAAAAAUAUUUCAUAUAGGGAAAUGAGUACGGUAUAAAUAAAGCAACUUCUGUCUGUGUAAGUAAAAUAAUGGGUUACAAGUCAGACAAACUAAAACUGCUGGUAUAACACUAUUAGUCACACUGCAAGGGACCGCCUGUACUCUAAACUGUACUGUAGAAAGGCCCCAAUCCUUAAACACAUAACUUAUGAAAUACGGCAAGCGUUCUCUCAAAGUGAUUCAGGAAAAAACUUUGCAGUGCAUGUAAACACAAUUUCUCAGAAUAACCAAGUUUCUAAUGUGAAUGUAAAUGUAGUCAAUGCUUGAUUCAUCGCUACUGGUUGGAAGCCAGUUUGGCGCCUACAAACACACCCAACUUUGAUGUGACAGCUGUAGGAUGCAAGUUUAAAACAACAUCCAGUGGAGGUCAGCAUAGAUUCUCAGCUGGUGUUAAACUUGCUGUUAAAGAACUAACUGGCAGAUUCAAUUGUUGUACAUGUGUUCUGGUGUGGACUCGGUUCACUGCAUGCUGCAUGAGACAAGCACACCUCUGUAAUACUUGAUCGCAUGGUAUACUGGCGUUGUAGCCCUGUGCUGCGUUUUCCCUUGCAACAAAUAAAAUUUGUAUUUCUCUUUUCCUCAUCCAAAA